UACUUUGCCUUUUAAAAGAAAUGCCACCCACAUUCAGAGACACAAGUGCAGCAGUUUGGGAAGAUGGUGAGUUGGAGGAAGGCGAGCUGGAGGAUGAUGGGGCCGAGGAGACCCAGGACAUUUCCGGAGGGCCCGAGAGAAGCCGGAAGGAAAAGGGCGAGAAGCACCAUAGCGACUCGGAUGAGGAGAAGUCUCACAGGAGGCUGAAGCGGAAGCGGAAGAAAGAGCGGGAGAAGGAGAAGAGGAGGUCGAAGAAGAGGAGAAAAUCUAAACACAAACGCCAUGCUUCUUCCAGUGAUGACUUCUCUGACUUCUCUGAUGACUCAGAUUUCAGCCCCAGUGAGAAGGGCCACCGCAAGUACAGAGAGUACAGCCCCCCAUAUGCACCGUCGCACCAGCAGUACCCUCCGUCGCACACCACACCCCUGCCCAAGAAGGCCUACUCCAAGAUGGACAGCAAGGGCUACGGCAUGUACGAGGACUACGAGAACGAGCAGUACGGGGAGUAUGAGGGAGAUGAGGAGGAGGACAUGGGCAAAGAGGACUAUGACGACUUCACCAAAGAGCUGAACCAGUACCGGCGUGCCAAGGAGGGCAGCAGCCGUGGCCGAGGCAGCCGAGGCCGUGGCCGAGGUUACAGGGGCCGUGGAAGCCGUGGAGGAUCACGAGGCCGAGGCAUGGGUAGGGGCGGCCGAGGCAGGGGCAGGGGUUCCGUGGGAGACCACCCGGAGGACGACGAGGACUUCUACGAGGAGGAGAUGGACUAUGGAGAAAGUGAGGAGCCAAUGGGAGACGACGAUUAUGACGAGUACUCCAAGGAGUUGAACCAGUACCGCCGGUCGAAGGAUGGCCGGGGCCGAGGGCUAAGUCGAGGCCGGGGCAGGGGUUCCCGUGGCCGAGGGAAAGGGAUGGGCCGAGGCCGUGGGCGAGGCGGCAGCCGAGGCGGCAUGAACAAGGGUGGAAUGAACGAUGAUGAGGACUUCUUUGACGACGACAUGGGCGACGGUGGCAGCGGCAGCUAUCGGAGGAGUGACCAUGACAAGCCUCACCAGCAGUCGGACAAGAAAGGCAAAGUCAUCUGCAAGUACUUCGUGGAAGGACGGUGCACCUGGGGAGACCACUGCAAUUUUAGCCACGACAUUGAACUCCCAAAGAAGCGAGAGCUAUGCAAGUUUUACAUCACUGGAUUUUGUGCCCGGGCUGAGAACUGCCCCUACAUGCACGGCGAUUUCCCGUGUAAAUUGUACCACACGACUGGAAACUGCAUCAAUGGUGAUGACUGCAUGUUCUCGCACGACCCCCUGACGGAAGAGACAAGGGAGCUCCUGGAUAAGAUGUUGGCUGAUGACGCCGAGGCGGGUGCUGAGGACGAGAAGGAGGUGGAGGAGCUGAAGAAGCAGGGCAUCAACCCGCUGCCCAAACCGCCCCCCGGUGUGGGCCUCCUGCCAACCCCCCCCCCUUCCCUCACAGGCACCAUUUCUUUCUUCUCUAGGUUCCCUGGACCUGGGGGACCCCCAGGACCCAUGGGCCCUGGGCCCAACAUGGGACCCCCAGGGCCAAUGGGCGGCCCAAUGCACCCUGACAUGCACCCCGACAUGCACCCCGACAUGCACCCAGACAUGCAUCCUGACAUGCACCCCGACAUGCCAAUGGGUCCUGGCAUGAAUCCUGGCCCGCCCAUGGGACCUGGCGGCCCCCCGAUGAUGCCCUAUGGUCCUGGAGAUUCCCCACAUUCUGGAAUGAUGCCCCCCAUCCCACCAGCCCAGAACUUCUACGAAAACUUCUACCAGCAGCAGGAGGGCAUGGAGGUGGAGCCAGGACUCCUGGGGGAUGCAGAGGACUACGGGCACUACGAAGAGCUGCCGGGGGAGCCUGGGGAGCACCUCUUCCCCGAGCACCCUCUGGAGCCUGACAGCUUCUCUGAGGGAGGGCCCCCAGGCCGGCCGAAGCCAGGCGCCGGUGUCCCUGACUUCCUGCCCUCGGCCCAGAGGGCCCUGUACCUGAGGAUCCAGCAGAAGCAGCAGGAGGAGGAGGAGAGAGCGAGGAGGCUGGCUGAGAGCAGCAAGCAGGACCGGGAGAAUGAGGAAGGUGACACUGGAAACUGGUACUCGAGUGACGAGGAUGAGGGAGGGAGCAGUGUCACCUCCAUCCUCAAGACCCUGAGGCAACAGACAUCUAGCCGGCCACAGGCUUCCGUUGGCGAGCUGAGCGGCAGUGGGCUGGGGGACCCCCGCCUCCAGAAGGGACACCCCACAGGAAGCCGAUUGGCUGAUCCCCGCCUCAGCCGCGAUCCCAGACUCACCCGCCAUGCCGAGGCUUCUGGCGGUCCAGGCCCAGGGGACUCAGGGCCCUCUGAUCCCCGGCUGGCUCGCACCCUGCCCACCUCCAAGCCGGAAGGCAGCCUUCAUUCCAGCCCCGCAGGCCCCAGCAGCUCCAAGGGGUCUGGGCCGCCCCCCACAGAGGAGGAGGAAGGAGAGCGGGCCUUGCGGGAGAAGGCCGUGAACAUUCCUUUGGAGCCCCUUCCUGGGCCACCACUGCGGGACCCGCGGUCACAGCUGCAGCAGUUCAGCCAUAUCAAGAAGGACGUGACCCUGAGCAAGCCAAGCUUUGCCCGCACUGUGCUCUGGAACCCUGAGGACCUGAUACCCCUGCCCAUCCCCAAGCAGGAUGCGGUGCCCCCUGUGCCCGCCGCCCUGCAGUCCAUGCCUGCCCUGGACCCCCGGCUGCACCGCCCUGCCACCACGGGGCCUCCCAACGCCCGGCCACGCCCAGCCACCUCCACAGACCCCAGUGCAUCUGGCUCCAGCCUCCCUGACUUUGAACUGCUCUCUCGUAUUCUCAAGACUGUCAAUGUCUGCAACCCCUCGGCAGCCCCCAGCUCCAGUGACAAACCCAGUGACCCUCGGGUGCGUAAGGCCCCCACCGAUCCUCGCCUGCAGAAACCAGCAGACUCUGCAGCCCCCUCCCGAGCUGCUAAGCCUGGCCCCGCAGAGGCGCCCUCUCCUGCCGCCAGCCCCAGUGGAGAGUCCUCGCCCCCAGCCACAGCCCCCUACGACCCCCGAGUGCUGGCGGCCGGUGGGCUGGGCCAGGGCAGUGGGAGUGGGCAGAGCAGCGUGCUGAGCGGCAUCAGCCUCUACGACCCGAGGACUCCCAACGCGGGUGGCAAAGCCGGAGAUCCGGCCGGUGACUCGGGCGCCCAGGCCAAGGGCCCUGAGGGCAACGGCAAGAGUUCAGCCACCAAGGCCAAGGAGCCCCCGUUUGUCCGCAAGUCCGCCUUGGAGCAGCCAGACCCAGGGAAGGCUGGGGCCGACGGGGCCAUGGCCACAGACAGGUACAACAGCUACAACCGGCCCCGGCCCAAGGCAGCCACAGCCCCCUCCACCACCGCCGUCACCCCGCCACCAGAGGGUGCCCCACCCCAGCCUGGGGUGCACAACUUGCCCGUGCCCACCCUCUUUGGGACGGUGAAGCCAGCGCCCAAGACAGGCUCAGGAAGCCCCUUUGCUGGCAACAGCCCGGCCCGUGAGGGAGAGCAGGAUGCGGGGUCCCUGAAGGAUGUUUUUAAAGGUUUUGACCCCACCGCCUCCCCCUUUUGCCAGUAG